AUGUCACGAUUCGGUGGGAAGAAUGGCAAGAAGGCCCCUGGCGCGGAGUACGCCUGGAGCGCUGAACCCGGCGGGGAACCCGACAACGCUCCCACCCCUCUCUUCCCCAAAUACGACAUUCCCAAGGCGGAUAGGCUGCAUCCUCGUGAGCAAUCCGAGGUCGAUCGCUAUCGCGCGCUGAGAGAGCGCUUCCACGACGGUCCCUACUAUACAGUGCUCGAUGCCGCCCGGACGUCAGCAAAGAAAGGCAGUGCCGCACGAGCUCUAUUCGAUGCCUUCCAUGGGAUGCCUUCUUACUCCCAAAAAUACCAGAAAAAGAAGAGAGUGCUGCCGAAGUUGCAGGGGCGGCAAUAUGCCCUGAAUUUUUUCCCGCGCGAGCUGUGGCGUACUAUUCAGCCCAACUACAAACCUGAUUCCUCCUUGUACGGCAUCGACGCGUUUAAGAAACCUUCAUUCAAGCGUGGGUUUGAGGACGACGAGGAGGAGGAAGAUGAGGAGGAGAUGGCCAAGCGUCGCAAGCUUGAUGAGGGCGAGGACGAAGACGAGGAUGAGGGGAGGAGAACCGACGAGGAAAGAGAUUUGGACGAGGACGAAGAGCGGGACGAGCUCGAAGAUGACGAUUUCGAAGAAGACGACGACGAGAUGGGUGGCGACUAUAAUGCAGAGCAAUACUUCGACGCUGGUGAUGACGAUGCUGAUAUGGAUGCGUUUGCGGAUGGCGGUGGUGGAGGUGGAGAUGAGGAAACUUUUUAG